ACCGGUUCGCAUACAGCCUCGUCGAGCAGGAUUUAUUUUUUCUUUAUGUUCGCCUUAUUUUCCCUCUUUCGGUUUCCAUUCUCCAUGGGGAAUUUUGCUUCGGUUCGAUACGAAAUUUAGAAACGAAAAGAUUUUAGAAUCCCGCGAAAUCGAUUUUUUAGUAUACCAUAAGAUUUAUCUAGCGUCCGUUAGUUUAUAGUUGCUGUUGUGUAUCAAAAGUAGCAUCACAAUCCGGGAGCUUCGAUAGGGGUUUAGGCAUAAUACCGUUCAAGUGAAGAUCAAAGUGCACGGUGCGUAGUGAAUUUAAUUCGAAUGAUCAACGGUCAUUGGUGAAUAAGUGUCGGUGAAGCGGCCGUUUGUUUAGUCGUUGAUGCAACCCAAGAAUUCCCCGAGAUCGGUUUAAAUUCUCUGUGUUAUGUAACCGAGCAUCUGUCGUCCCAGAAAAAAGGUUCAAAGCCAGCUCAAGAUUUUCCAUCUGCAGCGAGAGAAAGUUAGUGCGUCGUCCCGGACUGCACACCCUCUGCACGACGCUAGUGAGUGUGAUUGUGAUUAGUGCGAUCUGACCGGUGACGUCAUUGGCGGGGCGAGGGAGUAGAGCGACCAGAGAGUUCGACCGACUAGCGAGGACGAAACCUUCACACCAACAUGGCCACGGCCAGCGGCCAUCGAAUGGAGCAGAGCACAGGGAUGGGUCCCCGAAAGACCCUGAUCAUCAUGGUGACGGUCGUCGGCUGUGUCGCCAUACUGUGGCCUAAGGUUUUCUAUCCGAUGAUGGUGGGCAACGGGCAGAACAAGAAUGUCAUCAAAGAUCAUCGUGGCGCCGGUUGCUGUGGAGUCGUGCUGGACCAGGAAACGUUUGCCAAUGCGUCGAUCAGUUAUGCCGACCAGCAGAAGCAGCAGCAGCAACAGCAACAGCACCAACAGAAUCUGUUCCGCAAGCGCAACUAUGCACCGUUCGUAGAGAUUGAGAGUAUACGACAGGAGCGACCGCCGCAUCUCCGGCCCGAGGCGAUGCAUCCAGCGAUGCGCGAACGAGGCCGCGCCAUUCCGCAGGCCGGCUCCGUCCACGGUGGAGAACGUCCGCAUACCCCGCCCAGGAUCGUGGAAGGCAGACCCGGUCCCAUACCUGGUAUGCGCCCACCUAUGGGAGCUGGAUCACAUCAAGCCACCAAAUCCGCCAACUCAAUGGGUUUCAUAAUGCCACUCUAUACCAUCGGUAUAGUAUCAUUCUUCAUCUACACCAUCAUGAAACUGAUAUUCAAAAAGACACCGGCCACACCAUACGCUGAAGUAAAACCAGACCCGGCAUUCCGCAAUGAGGUCUUCACCACGACGGAACCGUACAUCAAGCGACCGGACGAUGGUACGACGAAGCUAGCCUGGAAAGAUCAUAGCGCAAGACAAUCGGUUUCGGCAAGCACGAGCGUCACGAACGCUGAGCUGGUUGCACCGGUGGCUUCGUCUGCCAGUGCCGUUGAUACUGCCCCGGUAGCGCAUACCUCCGUACAGUCGGAGCUAUCGAACGAUUACGAGCAGCUGGCUAGCCAGCCGCACCAGGAGCAGUAUCACCAGAAAGCUACUAACGACGAUACAGAACCGCAAGCUAACCUGGCCAACGGAUUGAACGGCCCGGCCGACGAACAGGAGAUCGAGAAGAGUGAAGUGGGCAUCCUUAAAGCCGAGCAACCAUCUCACGAUCCAACUACCGAGAAGGUAGUUGAUGGAAUCGUUGUGAAAAAGGUUGUAUCGUUCGAGGAGGUGUCCGCUGGCUCCGAUCGACUGUCGGAUGCAGAACAAGGAUAUGAUGUUCCCGAUAGCGUUCCUGCGAUCGUCGAAGAGGAAGUUGUGGCACAACGCGUGGUUGAACAAACUGCAGCUAUGCCUCAAUUCGAAAUGCAACAACCCAAAGAGUCGGUUCAUGCUGAACCAAUCGUGAGCAACGAGGUUUCCGUUGAAGACGUAAAAGCGAUCGAUGAACCGGUUCAAACUAAAGCGGAUGAGACUGAAAUUCCGUCGAUCACUGAACAGCCUGCAGAGAUUUCUACAACCAGUGAGGCUACGAACGAAAGUGUAGUAACUGCAACAGAAGCAACGAGCGAACUUAUUACCUUCGAAGAUCCUGCACAGGAAGCUGCUGUCAACGAAAUUAUCCAAGAGGAAAUUAAAGCCACUGUUUCGGAGGAGCGCGCUGAAGAGCAACAGCAAGCAGCAGUAGAGGAAUCGUUAGAAUCAAAGCAACCAGCGGAUGAAAUAGUUGAAGAAUCUGUUGCUAAGACCUCUGAGCAGGAUACCAUUACCGUAGAGGAAGAGAUUGUAUCAGCUUUGAAGGAGGAAAAUGAACCUACGCUCCUUGAAAUUCGCGCUGAAGAUGAACGAUCAGCCGCAACAAUUGAGAAGAACGACGACACCAGAGAGCUGCAAGCUCCGGUUGAAGAGGUACUGGUUUCCAAGGACAUGCAGUCCGGUCUGUUGGCAGAUGCGCUAAAAGAGGAAGAAGCUACAGAUUUACAGAUGCAGGAGGUGCAGGAGACCGAGGCGGCCACUAAUCUGGUCUCUGACGAUGAUUAUCCUGAUUUGGUGAUGGAUAACGAAAUGGCGAUUCGUGUGAACGAAACGGUGGAAGAUAUUACACACGCAGCGGAACAGUUGGUAUGUGAAGUGCUGGAGAAAGCAGAAGAACUGGCGAAGCAGCAAGAAGAAGGUGAACAGCAGUAUCCAGAGUUACCGAGCUAUGAUCCAGCUACCCAGAAGCUGGUCGAUGGCAUAGUAAUUGAGCGGUUCGAUCUAGAGGUAACGAAGGACACGGAGAACACUACUACUUCUUCGGCGAUUGCGUGCGAAUCGCUAGCUGAAAGUGUAUCCGUUGAUCUGCUGGAUGCCGCAGACCGAGUGACAGAGCUCGUUCCAGAGGAUGACGGACCUGACGUUGAUUCUAUCAGCGAAGACACGUCGCUCAGUGUAGCGUCCGUAAUCGAGCAGCAACCGUUGGUUAAGGAAGAGGUGAAAGAGGCAACCACACUACCGGAAUCCCUGAUCACGACCGAGUUGUUGGUCGAUCGGACGUCUAGUGAGCCGGUCAUCGUAGAUGGUAACGAUCAGCCGACCGUUGAGACAGAGAAUGUUCUGGAACCGGAGCACACGGAAGCGGAAACGACGGAAGCAGUACAGCAACCCGAAACUUCAAACCGAAAGAGUGUCUCGAUCGAGGAAGUUCACGAUGAUGCUCCCAUUUCCGAUCACACCGAAGGCAAGGUAAUCGAAGAGCACAUCAUACCGAUUAGCAUCGAGAAGGAGGAAAGCGCUACCGGUGCUAUGACCAUAACGGAAGUGACCGCUGACGAGCCGUUUGUUGAAUCACCGCACGACUCGAAAACUGCUAGCACACUCUCUAGUCCACUGGUAACCGCUGUCCCGGUGAUGGAUGUGAUCGAUGAACAGCAGGAGCAAGUCUCCGAGCAUCAGGAUAAUCAGGACACUACAACCGUUUCGGUAGACACGCUAGAGCAUGUAACGAAAGAGGCUCUAGUGGAGCGUACGCUUAACGAGGCCGCAGCCGUAGUGAAUGAAAUCGAAUCGAUCGUUGAUCAUAUCAUCACCGAGAAGCUCAUUCAAAGUGGAGGAGUGCCGGCGGAUGCCCGCGAUGCCGAUACGCUACCCGGUGGCCCUCCCCGAUUGGCCGCUUCUGCUGCGCUGGUAGUCGAAGCUAUCGAGUCCAAGUCAGCCGCCAGUGCCAGUGUGCAAAGCAUGAUGGUUUCCACUAGCAAUAGUAAUCAGGACACAAUCAUUUCCACCACACCGCCAGUCACCACCGAGCCGAUCGCAGCGCAACCUAGCACUGUCACCACUAACGGGCUUACUAAUCUGAAUGGUGGAACGAUUUACGAUACUAAUCAACCUGUGUCAGACGUUUUCCUAACGUCCGAAUCAUCGACAUGCACAAUCACCGCUUCAUUGGACGCCUCAUUCCCUAUCCCAGUCAUCAAGUCAUCGGCAGCGAUCACAGAGUCAGAGGAUUCCCAACUACCCCAGCAUGCUAUCGCACCAGCCAGUACCAGUGAGACACAGAGUAUCCAUUUUGCCGCAGAUACGCCAGCAAGCAAGAGCAUCUCGGUCACCGCCACCGCCGAGAACGGUGUUGCAGCUACUGGUAAUGGAUCAACUGGGGGCUACGUCGUACCCGAGGAACGCGAGAUCGAGCGACACACGGCAGCAGCAGCAACAGCGGCGGCGACGCCGGCGCCUGCAUCGACUUCAAUUGGCCAAGUACCGACCAGUGUCAGCAACGUUACUAAUCCCAAAUUUUUCACUCUGAAUCUAGCUAACUAUAGCACUAGCAACAGCAGUAGUGGUAACAAUAGCAAUCGCUCGUCCUUCUCGAUACCUAACCUCUCGCAGUCGCAGGUCGCUUUGCCGGUUGGCGGCGGUGACAGUGCCGACCAGCUGAUGGAGCUUGAACUGUUGCGCAAGAAAUUGGACGAAACGGAACGUGCAAUGACUAAAAUUAUCGCCAAUAUGGGCAACAUCCCGAAGGGCCAGGAAACAAAUGUAACGACGGAGGAGGAGGCAACAGCAGCAGCUACCGAGGAGAGCGAGAAGCAGCAGGAGACAAUCGUGAAGGAUGCCGACACGAACAAGGAUCAGUCACAGCCAACGGCAACCAACGGUCACGCCAUCAAGCCGCUCGACGAAGGAACGUCCGGGGUUGAAGUGACACCCGAAACACGGCAGUCCAAGAGCAAGCGUGAUCGCAGUACCGAGCGUGGAACGGUCAAGGUAAUGGCCAUGGAGGUGACGGCUCAGCGUGAAAACGGCAAACGGCUUAGCCGACCGACGACACCAUUGCUGCCGAUGGGACAUCCGGAAACGACACCCGCCGGUACAGCAGACGCCGAAGAGCACGAAACACGUUCCAUCUUGCUCGAUGGACGGUUACCGCACGAUUCGAAGAUCCUAGUGGCCGAUGCUGAGACGGCAGUUGAAAAGCUGGAGCCGGAAAACUCCGAAGAAGAAGAGGAUGCACCGGUGAUUCUGAGCGGUAAAAUGACUCUUUCGUUGAUCAAUAUGGAUUUCAUCGAAAAGGACGCCACAGGAACGGUUGCGGUGGGAGAGAUUGUUACUGAGCUGCACAAGCCACAGGAAGAAAUCACGACGGGUGCGGUCGCCAGUAAGGGCGGUGAUUAGGUUCGUCUGCCCGAAAGGGAUGAAUCCGCCGUCGUCGACGGUGAUGGCCUUUAGUAAAAGGCACCUCUCGCAUCGAUGUGCACGCGUUGGACCGUUUCGUUCGAGAAACUGACGCCACGAUCAUAAAUACUGCGUAUAUUUUUCUACAUACACUAUAGUCCGCUGUACUACAACAGGACAUGUGAACAGAAACCCUUCUUUGCAACGAAUGAUUAAGAAGAGCACGUUUUACGAGAAAGCGAGCGGGCAAGAAGCAAUUCUUAUCUUUAACCACUACGGACACAAUGCUCAGACCAUUUCAUUCUGCUCAAACAAAUACACAACACGUAAGACUUUAUGCGGAUGCCAAAAUCAAAACCAUUCAAUCAUGCACGACUGUAUGCUGUAAUCGGUAGUUUUUCGGUAAUCCUGUAAUCUAUCGUAACCGAUCAUUAUAUUUGUUUCUCUUGCUUAAGGCGUUGUCGAGUCGCGAUCAAACACCUCCUUCAACAAACGCGAGUGAAACGAAAUCUAUUCUUAUUGCCACAUUUAUUUAUUUUUCCCUGUUUUUAGCGCAUAAUCUAAUGGAAACCAGAUUAUUGGAAGUAGUCCCUUGAGGAGGAAAUAAUUUAAAAAGAAAAGAAAUGAUUAAAUAAAGCAAUGAUGUUACCGGAAAGAGACACUAGUUUAAAUGCUGCUAAUAGAUGGAAGCAGUAUGCGUCAAUCUGAUAGCGAGUUGAAAGUGGCAUGGCUUUAGGGAACUGAUUCUAAUAAACUCGUUU